UCUAAGUGGCUGGAGACAGAACUAUUUCCCCUCGUUGUUUGUACGGAUGGUACACCCUGUAAACCAGUAUCCCUUUGCAACGUUUGAUCCUAGCAGCUCACGAAAGUUAAAGGACUAGAUUUUGAUAGAAGGUUCGGUGUACAGGAAACUUCUUCGCAAAUGGAGAAGGCGACCUACCUGCAAUCCAACAUGGCGGACAAAUACCAGUUUAAAAAAUGUUCAUAUGUUUUCCGUGGAAAUUUUGUCCACUCCACCUCUGAAAAUGCGUUGGAAAUAUUACCAGACAAAAUUUUAGGAAUCAAUCCAUCCGGAAAGAUUUUGUUCAUAGAAAAUGGUGAAUCAAAUCAAAACUUGUUAGAAAUGCAGUAUGGAUUCACUUCAAAGGAUGUAAUCUUCUUAAAGCCAAGGCAGUUUAUCAUGCCAGGACUGAUUGACACCCAUAUUCAUGCACCACAGUACAGCUUUACUGGUACUGGUUAUGACUGUCAUGUUGUUGAUUGGCUGAAUAAGUACACUUUUCCGACUGAGGCCAGGUUUGAAGAUACAAACCUUGCACUUGAUGUCUACAAGAAAUUGGUGAGGAGGUUGCUGAUGAAUGGUACAACAACAGCAUCUUAUUUUGCCACCAUACAUCUUAAUGCUACAAUGGUUCUUUGUGAUGUUAUUGUGGAGCUUGGUCAGCGGGCAUAUGUUGGCAUCUCUGAUGUUGAUUGUUCCCCUCACGAACACAGCAAAACAACAGAAUGUUGCGCAGAAGAAACAGAAAGGUUCAUCAAACAUGUGAUUGACAUGAAUCAUCCCCUUGUGACUCCUGUUCUGACGGCGAGAGGAGUUGCACAUUGUACCAAAUCACUUUUGACAAUUCAUGGAGAAUUAGCCAAAAAAUACAAUGUCCCUAUUCAGGGACAUUUGCGUGAAAUCAAAGAUGAACUGGCUAGUUGGAACUUUGCUUCUGAGUUUUCUCAGACUUCUGAUUUGGCAAAAAUACUUGAGGAAUGUGAGCUCCUAACAGACAAGGCCUAUUAUGCACACUGUAUUUAUGUUACUGAGGAAGAGAUUGACCUGAUGUUGUUACGCAGCACUGGGGUUGCUCAUUGCCCUAUUUCAAAUUUUGAUUUGAAAAGUGGUGUUGCUGAUAUCAGACAUCUGCUGGAUAGGCAGUUAAAAGUUGGUCUUGGAACAGAUGUCUCAGGAGGCCACUCUCCAUCAAUGCUUGAUGUCAUUCGUCAGUGUAUAACUGCCUCCAAUGUUGUUGCCUUCAGCAAGCCUGAAUCUUACAGAUCUCUGUCUUACAAGGAUGCUUUUAGAUUGGCCACUUUAGGGGGCAGUGAGGUUUUAGGAUUAAGUGACAAAAUUGGCAACUUUGAGGUUAGCAAAGAAUUUGAUGCAUUACUCAUUGACCCUGAUGCUGAGGACUCGCCCUUUGAUUGUUUUGACAAUGACACCUUAGAGGAUGUGAUUCAGAAGUUUCUGAUGCUUGGUGAUGACAGAAACAUUCUCCAAGUUUAUGUGGCUGGGCGACCAGUAGCAGGAAGAACUCUUGUCUCUUCAUACUUCUCUUCCAAAAGGAAACAAGGAUUAGAUAUUGAGUUUACUUCCUGAACAAUGAAGAUCUUGCUCAUUAUCAGAUCUCUUAGAACUGGAGCAUACCCUUACCUAGUGUAGUGUUUUAAGGCCGAGUGAAAUAUAUUAUAUUCAUUAAUGUAAAACUAGGUAGUUUUGAGAAAUCAGUUAUGUCUAAUCAAACUUUAAUUUGCAGUUCAUGUUUCUCUGUUUUGUCUAACUUUACUUUUUCCAAAAUAUACCCAUGCCCCACCAGCAAUAAUUACACUUAAUAAUUCACUGGUAAUUGAAAAUAAAUAUUAGGUAGACCUUACAUCUUUAAAAGGAAUAAUUUUUACCAAAGGGUCUUGAUAUUAGCAGGCAAGUCAAGAAUUUAUCCUUUAAUUCACACACUUUCAUGCUUUACCUCUUUUCUUGUUGUCACUAUUUAUCAUAAUUAGCAUUGUUUUACUUA